GAUUAAUCAUUUGCAGUAUUAAUAAUCAGAGAACAAACACUUCGCUACAUGCAAAGUAGAAAUAUGGCAAAUUUCGAGCUGAAAUAUAAAUUGUCUAAAAUGUGGGAUGAAACAUUAAGACUUCAUAACACAUAUUGUCUUGAGAUUGAAGAUAGUAUACAGAAACUCGAGAUACUGCGUAAAUUAGAAGGUACUCUGAAGAAACUAUUGUGUAUGGUGCAACAAGAUCGGAAAUUCUUGUUCCCAGAAACUCUCUCUGUUUUGAAACAGUCAAUAAAGGAGCUCCACCAAUUCAAUGGCGACAAAGCCAUAUCGGCCUUUGAAGCAAUCAAUCAGUAUGCAACUAAUCUGCUUACUAAACCAUGGCGAAAAGAGUUUCGAACAAUUAAAUUGCAUUCCGGAUUUUAUCAUCUUAACAUUAAAACUAAUUUAGUCAAUGCCGAGAAACUUUUCGAAGCAAUGGGCUAUCGGCAUUUGUCUAAAGAUACGAUGGUAUUAAACGGCCCACUUUGCCCGGAACUUGUGGCAAGUGUGUCCCGAGAUGCCAUCACAGCAUGUUUUGAAUUGCAAAUAAUGCAGAGUAUUUAUGUGGCUUUGUAUGCUAACGGUAUGACAACAUCAUGGUUGGAUAUUUUUUGUUAUCGGGAGACUCAUAUCGGUGGAAUCUCUGAUGCAAUCGUGGACUUGAUUCGGGCCUAUGAAAAGUCAUCCAAUCAGUUAAGAGAAGAUAAUAUUGGUAACUGUGGCUAUAGAGAUGUUCCAAACCCAAACAAUAGUUUCCACAGUGCACCACAAAUCGAGCCAAACAAAAUGAUGUAUCAAUUUCCCAUGCCUUCUAAUAAAAAGAACGUGAAUACAACAAAAAUGUAUGAAAACUCUGGAAGGAGAUAUAAUGCAAAUGCAUACAAGGACUAUACGGUUUAUCGGAACAAGUAAAUGACUAUAAAGAUUAUCCUCAAUCUGUAACAUCAUCUAAUGAAGGAAAAAUCGGUUAUAACGUCAAUCAGCACCAAACUACCGAUACAACGCGAAAUAGUAAAUCAACGAAGGAAGAUAUGAAAAGAAACCAUAUUGUCCCCAGCUUUAUUCCAGUAGAUACGAAUGCUUCCAAAUUAUUGCCAUUGUCUUUGAAUAAUGGAACCAAUGCUUUGAGUGCUUUAAAUAUCAACAACAUCAAAUCAAACAAAGAUGACCUUUCGUUUAAAGGCACAAACAGCAAAAAUAAGAACCAAGUAAAGUUAUGUCAAUGGAACGAAUUUUUAUUCCAA